GACGCGUGACGUAAAUUAUCUGCGCCGCAAAGCAGAGAGCGCGAUGGCGGCUGCUCAACCAAAGCAAGAGAAGGAGAGCGACGAUUGCUCUUUGCUGCCUCUCGUUCAUGACAUUAUCAAAUGCAUGGACAAGGACAGCCAGGAUGUCCAUCAAGAACUGGCCAAGCUGAAGGUAAAGAUCCAGGAGGCUCGGGAGCAGAUCUCCAACAUGCCCGGGAUAGACUGCAGUCCGCCGGAGCAGCAGCAGCAGUUUUCAACGCUGCGGGAGCAGGUCCGCACCAAGAACCAGCUGCUGCAGAAAUACAAAAGUCUGUGCAUGUUUGACGUGCCAAAAGCAUCAUGAUAAUUAAGACUGGAUUACUGCACUGGGUGGAUGAAGCUCACAGACAGUGGAGGAGCAGGAAGGACCUCUUAUUGUUUCCAUCGUUACUCAUGGAGCAUAGGUGGGAUUCUAGAAAACGGGAUGGACGUUUGAAUGAACAAGGACUUAUUUUUCCUCAGUUUUAUGAAAGUCACAUGUUAUGCAUUGCAAGUUGCAGACUUUGCGGAGUAUUAUUUCUAUUCAUUGUAGUUUUUCAGUGUAUUGUUUUCCUAACUUGUGAUAUCUUACAUUAUUUGUAUUUUGUAAUAAAAUGAAUUGAUCAGGAA